AUGGAACGCCUGCGCAGUAGACAGCGUGAAAAUGUGAAUCAUCGACAGAGAGAGAGAGGUGACUGUAGAGUGAUGGGACCCGGCUAAGGGAAGAGCAGCGAAUGAUCACUCUCCGAGCUGGUAAUGACAGGUAGACAGACGUGAAGGAUGACUUCUUGCUCAGAGAUCUGUGGGUCAGAAUAUAGUGAGCAAGUUCAAACCGGUGGGAAAUACCAGCAGUAUGGAGUCCGCUCCUACCUACACCAGUUUUAUGAGGACUGCACAGCUUCUAUCUGGGAACGUGAUGAAGAUUUUCAGAUUCAGAGAUUGCCUAGCAGGUGGAGCUCUUUACUCUGGAAGGUCUGUCUCACGUUCGGUACCCUGAUCUUGUUUGCGGGCCUCAUUGUUGUUUUGGUAGGUUAUGCCACUCCAGCCAAGAUUGAAGCAUUUGGUGAAGAUGAUCUGCUCUUUGUUGACAGCCAUGCCGUCAGUUUCAACCGUGCACUGGAUGUUUGUAAGCUGACUGGUGCAGUGCUGUUCUGUGUGGGAGGCACCUCCAUGGCUGUGGGUCUCCUGCUGUCUGCCUUUGCCAAAAGCUACUCCAAAGAAGAAUUGUUUCUGCAACAGAAGUUUAAGGAGAGGUUGGCAGAUCUGCAAGCAACAGUUGGUACUCCAAUAAUGAGAGCACCAACUCCCGGAGAAGGAAAGGUGCCAGUCACACUUACCAAAGUUCAGAACAUCCAGCCAGUGACCACAAAGUCAGAGCCCUGAUUACGGCUAAGAUCAAGGCAUAAAGUGAAAGUUGUAAGAGGACCGGUGUGUGUAUGUCGAUCCAUGUGUGCAGUGCAGUUUCUCUUUUUGAAAGGUCAGCUUACAUAACAGAUAGUAUUGGUUCCUCAUCUUAUUUUGUUUGACAUUAAAAUGAGAUUUUAAAAACUUAGAAAGGAUGAACAAAAUUUAGGGGAUUUAUUUAUCAGAUGUUAUGAAACAAUAAAAAAAAAACACUCACUGUAAUAUUAAGAAAACUUUUUUUUAAUAAUUUCACUGGAAAAGACAUCUGCAGAAUAGUGACACUGUGCAGUAGUUUCCACAGAGCUUGUUUUCUUUGUUUGUUUACUGUCAAGAGAAUUUUUAGUUUUGUAAAAGACAAUGUUGUUACUGCUGGAGGACGAUGGGCAGCACGUGGCAUAUUUGAAAUUAUUGGCCCGCAUUCCCAGAAAUGAUCAAAUGUACCAGUUAACACUCAUUACCUCUGCCUAGUGACCAUCAGGAUGAGUGCAUGUCUGGGAUUAUUAGCUGUUAAAAGUGCAAAUGUACUAUAUUUACCUCAAACGUUCAUCCAGGCUGACAAAGCACGACAUCGUUUUACAAUACCUUUUUUUUCUUUUCCGAUAAAGUAGUAACUCAAAGGUCUUAACCUUUCUAAAGGUUCACAGUGUCCUAACAGAUUAGACAUAAAUGCAGAUUAGAAGAGACAGCAUGGGGAGAUUCUUUGUCUAUCUUCUGUCUUAUUAGGCCAGUGACCUUGUUUCCUUCAGUAAAUCUUCAGACAAAAUCAAUACACAAGAGCAGACAGGCUGAUGAAAGUUACAUUGAACCAGACAGAGCAUGCAGAACAGCAAUGAUCUGUCAGAUUACUUUCAGGAUACAGCAAAUAAGGCAUUCAUCAUGACUUCUAUCUUUACUUUUAAGUUUUUAAUACCUAAACACCGACUUACCCACCUUUUCCUUUCCGCUGUUUCCUUUUCACCCUGUGACAAAAGUCUCGUAGGCAUCCAUCAGAGCAGACGCUGUUUUGAAUCAAAAUGCUAAUAGCUACCAGACAUGAGUCAGUGCUACUCGUGAAAAUGAAGAUGGGUGCAUUGAGAGAGACAAUGUGACACACAGGUUACAUAACGGAGGGAUGAUGAGAGCACAUUCAGCUCUCCAAUGGGAUCGUAGCAACAUCGUAUUUGACAGCACUAAUGGAUGAAUUAAAGAGAUUGAAUAAAUGCCUUCCUACUAUCACACACAAAAUUUGAAACUUAAUAAUUUAUAUUGCAGUCAAGCAAUGUCUAACACCAGUGAGCUGAUAAAUUCCAGAACCACAUUUGCUUAUGUACUGGAUGUGAAACUGAAGGAGUGAUUAUAAAGACGGUUCCUGUUUUAUUCAUUCCUUUAUGUUAUACAAGUAUUCACACUGUAACUGUAACUUAGAAGCACAAUAAGCUGGUAACGGUCAUGUUUUUCUGCUUUUUAAUACACUGUGUCCACAUGUGUUGUACAUAUAUUUAUUAUAAUUACUGUAAUCCUACCACUUUAAAAGCUUGUUUUUGCAUUGUUUUUCUUAAUGUGUAUCUUUUCUUUCAUCAUUAUAAACAAACCUGGACUGUAAAAAAAAAUCUGUACUUGAUUAGAACAAUUCUACUGUCCAAGAUACAGGCUUCAGUUUUUUUAACCAUAUCUCAUCAUCAAAUCCUUGCAGCACAGCUUGUAUAUUUACUGUAUAAGACGUUGAUUUGCUAUGCUGACUACUAUUGUCAAUGUAAGUUGACCUUUUCAAUAUUAUUCUACUUACCUCCA